UAUGCUCCUCGUGUACUUCUUUGUGUUAGAAUUAUCCAACCUUACAUGUUGUAUCCGCACAACACGAAUUUGAAUCAGCGUAGGCACGGAAGGCAUCAGAAAUUAUCCGUGGAUCCUGGAGGGCUUCUAUAGGAGGAACCGUGUUCGCUCGAUGGUUCACAAGAAGCAACGCCGACGAGGAAAUCGCCGGCUGCCAACUCAGUAAGUUUCUGCUGCUACAAUCAGAAAGUGGCCAUCGGCUGCUUCGAUCCCAUCCGUGACUGGAAGCGCAGCGACCUGCACCUUCCAGCGCGGAGUGCCACAAUGCCGGGGAAAGCAGGACAGGCAGCUGCUCGACGCAUCCGCAUUGCCACGCUAUGCAAGUCCCUGAAAAUUUGUUCCGAGGAAUGCAGCGGGCGUGCUGGCUUGGUCGUGUAGAUCUCGAUUUCCGGUGCAACAGACGCGAUGCGAUGGCUUUUUGUUCCUGGUUUCGAAAACAAAGCUGGCAGGCGACACGACUUGCAUGCACCCGCAAUCCCCGCUCUUUCCGGCUCCACUCCUUCGUCCUCCUCGGAACCGCCCCUCCCACUCCCACUCCCUCUCGCCUCGAUCUCCUCCCCACCCCCACUCCACGAGGCGGACAAGUCACGCCAACAAAAACCUCUCUUCACACAGACAAACUGCUUGACCACACACGCGCGCGUGCUCGGCUCCGCCGUACGUCGAUCCAUCGACCGGCUCGGCCGGUCACGCCAAUGGCGGACGCGGCCGGGAAGGCGCAGGCGGCCCGCGAGGUGUGCGCGGCGUCGGCGGCCUUCUCGUCCUGCCCGCAUCGCCGCCGCUCCCCGCGCCGCGCGAUCUUCGUCGACUGGUACCUCGUCCUCGCCAUCGGCGAGGCCGCGUCGGAGGACGCCAUCAAGCGGCGGUACCGGCACCUCGCUCUGCAGCUGCACCCGGACAAGAACAGGCACCCCAAGGCGGAGGUCGCCUUCAAGCUCGUCUCCGAGGCGCACGCGUGCCUGACGGACAAGGCGCGCCGGAGGAACUUCGACGCCGAGCGGGCCACGGCCUUCUGCGCCGCGUGCCAUGACCGUGCGAGGGCCGCCACGACGCCCUGCGCGCCCACCCGGCGGCGCGCCAGCGACAGGAGGACGCCGGCGUCGUCCGAGGCAGCGUCCACACAGCAGCAGCACAACAAGGCCCGUGGCUCCGUCGCGAAGCAGCAGGGUGGCGGCGGGAGGAGGCCGCCCGCGCCGACGCAGGCGCUGCGGGAGGUGCAGAACCGGCUGCGGGACGAGUGCAGGGUCAUCGACGGCUGCCUGCGCGCCAACGCCGCCGGCGCGCGCAGGCGCCAGUCCUUCCCGCUCUUCGACCCGUCCGACAGGCAGCGCUUCCCGGACUACCCGCACGCCCGGCCCCCGCCGUCGUUCGCCGAGUGCCGGCCGUUCGAGGAGGAGGAGCUCCGCGCGGGCCAGCACCACCAGAGCUGGUGCACAAACGGCAGCUGCGAGUCGCCGGUGUACCAGGUCAGGACCGCGCCGGAGCACGCCACGAGGGCGAACCGCCCUUGGUGAUAUGAUAUGCUCACAGCCUCACAGGUCACAGCAGACAGCACCAAUUAACUCGCUCUUUUUCCUCUCAUUUUGAAGUCAGAUUCUCAUUUUGAAGCAGACAUCAGACAGUCGGAUUCUCAUUUUGAACUCCCUCACGUUUUACUACACGAUACAGCUCAGAAGAUCUUUAUUCAUAUUUCUCCCGCUCACUGAAAGUCUAGGCUACCCACUUCUCAUAAUUCACACUGCAUUAUUCUGCACAAUAUGUUACAAAUUUACCGUCUGUAAUGGAUGACAAAGCAAACCAGCUUUUCUAGCGGUUAACAAUUACAGACAUUUCUAAACUAAUCACUAGACUGAAAAUUAGUAAAAGACUAAUAUGGAAACUGAAUUUCUCCAAACAGAUUUGCACCCCGCUUUAUAAAUAAAGCCACACAGCCAAAUGAUAGAAAGCGUCGAUGAAAUUAUCUUAGAAAGCAGAUAAAAGAAAAUCAGACAGUCCUCACAAAAAGAAACAAAGAGGGCAAAGCUAAAAAAGCAGAGUGCAAUGCAGAGCAAGACACCGUCGAGCAUGAAGAAACCAUGGGAUGUCACUGCAAUGUCGUCACCCCACUUCAACACGGCAAUAGGUACCCACGAACCCUACAGGUAAAAACCCUAUUAAUUAGGGUAAGGGUUUGGAAAAAAUAAUUACCCGUGGGUUUAUAAAUGGGAAAAAAAUUGUACCCAUCGGGUAAGGCCGGUACCGGUAUGGGAAGGCUAUACUCAUACCCCUGUACGUGCAUACAAGCCUCGACUCAAAAUCUCCUCCCCUUCCCCAUGUGCAGGGUCAUGUUUAAAUGUGUUGAUCAUGUUUUGUAAACUCAUGAUUUUGCUUCUGACUUUGUUGAUCUUAUUAUAUAGUCUCUUUCACUUUAUCAUUUAGAGGUUCCAGAAGCAUCUUCAAUAGAGAAAAUUAUGUCCCUCUUAUUUGUCUCGUAAUUGAGAAAAGAUAACAUAUAUGAAUGUUUCCCUAAAAACUUCACUUACAUGCUACUCAUCCAUGAAUAUAAUUGGACAUUGUUUAGUGCCAUCUAGUUCAUGCUUAUUGUUAUCCACUUCUGAAAUAAUACCAUUCUUCUUAUUCAAUCGCCGGUAAAUCGUGAAAUAUAUGUGCUGACAUGCUAAAAUGUGGUGUGUAUAUUUGAAAUGUUGAAGUAUACAUGUUAAAAUGUUGUGCAUAUAUACGGAAAUGCUGAAAAAUACAUGGUGAAAUGUGAAUUGGGUAAGGUAGCCGAGAUGGGUAUUUUCACCCACGGGGAUUACCCGCACCUGCCCAGGUACGGGUACCGGAAAAGUUUGAAAACCGAUGUAUGGGUAUGGGUUUGGACGAAAAAUAUAGAGACGGGUACAGGUCUGGGCAAGCAUUACCCGAACCCGGGGGAUGCCAUGUUGAACCCCACUAGUGCGGGGGUUGCGGAGGGAGGGGGAGUCUCGGCCCUCUCACUCAAUUAGAUGUGCCAUUCCAUGGGCUGCUCCUAUUUUGAACAGAAACUAUUUUAAUGCUACCGUGUAGCAUCGUGACAUGGAAACCAUCUGGUUCUAUGACUUGAAC